UUUUUUUUUCUCCCUGUAGAAAUCUUUUCAGCUCCUUCAAUUCAGACCCGCACAUACACACAGACCCGCAAUGUCCACGGCUAUUGGAAACACCGCUCUUGCGUACGCCCGCGUCUGGCACCUGGUCGACGCUAAGGGCAUGGUUCUGGGCCGCCUGGGCUCUCAGAUCGCGCAGACGCUGAUGGGCAAGCACAAGCCCAUCUACGAUCCGGCAUCGGACUGCGGCGACUACGUCGUGGUGAUCAACGCAAAGCACAUUGAGGUGACGGGUCGCAAGCGCGAGCAGAAGCUGUACCGGCACCACACGCAGUACAUGGGCGGCCUGAAGGAGAUUCCGUUCGAUAAGCUGCAGGAGAAGAACCCAUCCAAGAUCAUCGAGAAGGCGGUGUCGGGCAUGCUGCCAAAGAACCGCCUGCGCAAGGUGCGGCUGGAGCGCCUACUGGUGUUCCCUGACGCCGAGCAUCCGUACGCCGAAAACAUCAUUAAGCGGUACGACACCAAGAUCCCGCUGGCUACACAGUCUAUUGAAUAA